UUUAUAAAUCAAUGGUUUUGUGCGAAAGACUGCGAAACGAAAACCAAUUAAUGAAUCAAUACUUCCGGCUCUUGGAGGACAACGAGUGUCUCGAAGUGACUACUAAUCAAUCGCGAAGAAUAUCUGACAUGAAAGACACGUAUCGGCGGAUGUGUUGCAAGUGUUUCACUCGUUUCAGAGACGCCACCAUUAGUUUGAGACAACGGUUUGUGUUAAACGCAGACAUCGACGAAGACUUGAAUUUUCUGUGUUGUCUUCCGAUUGAGUCGUUCGAGAGGUUUACCGCUGAAGACGUGUCUGAUAUCACUCUUUCGGCACUUAAAAUUAUGAAAUUAUUUGAUGAACUGAUCCACGAAUCGGACCAAACAUGCGGUGAACUGAUGUCUAUUUAUAAGUGCGCGAAGUCUUUGUGGUUAUCUUCGGAGAGAUCUCUCGUCAAAAGUCGUGACUUAAGACAACAAACCACUCAAUCGAUUGAAACGUCGAGUCUAUUGAAUACUAAUAGAAAUAUUCGCAAACAUCUGAUGAUUGCACUCAAUAUUGUUGAUGAAUUGGAUUCACUCGUAGAAGAGGAUGACAUUGAAAGGGCAACAGAUUUUCGACACCAAAUGAGACAAAAACUCGACUCAAUUGACAGUGAAUUCAAAGAGCUCAAGGAUUCAAAGAAUAAAUUGUUUAAUAAUAUAGAAGUGAAUGGAAGUGAAGAUUCAGUCAAACAAUUACCUACUUUAUCAUCAGUUGCUGCCGAAGAUUAUGUGGUUAGGGAUCAGGUUUUCGAAGCGAUCGUCACUGAAGACUGUGAUGAAAGUGACCACAAUUCGAGUGAAGAAGAGGACGAAGAGCUCCGGGAAUACAGACUGAAGUUAUCUCAAGAGUCCAUUGCAUCACAUAAUCUGUUCCGUGAACUCAAAGUCGCCCUCAUAUCGAAAGCCGCGGAACACGAGAGACGGGAAGCAAAAGCUCUGGGAAUCGAAAUACCGGUGAAUGUCGUGAAGGAUGACCUCCAAGACAGUGAUCAAAGUGUGAACUCAGUCAGUGAUGAACACUCCAGUGAAUCACUUUCCAAACGAAUACCAUUUACUGAUUCAAAGCAAUCCAUGAAUGAAAGUUUGGGCCAAUCGUUUGGCUUUGAGUCACAAAUCGCUGCAUUUGCCGCACAAAAGGCCAGAGAUUUUGGUAUCAGUGAUGAGACGGAAAGGUUUGGCGAUGACUCGGACUCCGAGUCCGAUGAAUAG